AUGGGUUUGGAUAGGCAGAAAUAUUAUGAAGAUCUGAAGCGGAGGGAAAUUGAGUUCAGUGCUAGUGAUCGGGUUUUCUUGAAAGUAUCUCAGUGGAAAAAGCUUGAGUUGCCUCCCGAGCUACAACAUAUUCAUGAUGUGUUCCAUGUAUCAAUGUUGAGGCGGUACCGAUCAGACCCUUCUUACAUAAUCUCGAUUAAGGAGAUUGAGGUUAGACCGAAGUUGUCUUUCGAGGAGAAGCUUGUGCAUAUUUUGGAUAGAGAGGUAAAGGUUCUUAGAAGGAAACAUAUCUCACUAGUUAAAGUUUUUUGGCAGAACCAUGGUGCCAAGGAAACCACUUGGGAGUCGGAGGACUCAAUUCGUCAACAGUAUCCUCAUCUGUUUGAAUCAGGAAUGAAUCUGAACAUCUCGGAUCAGCAGUGA